AUGUCAAUUCCAUUCCCCAAGGCAGGCUACUCCGAAGACGUGUGGCGGAGAGUUCGCGUACUCUUCAACGGACAGUUUAUUGUUGACGAGAAUGUCCCUAAACUUGUAUGGGAGCAUCCAUAUUUCCCUGUCUACUACUUCCAGUUCUCUGCCAUCAAACCCGAAUAUCUCACCAACCAACAAGCCGGGGAUGAUGCCGAUGUCUAUGAUCUGACAGUCGACGGGAAGACCUCAUCGUCCGCCAUAAAAGUUAUCAAACAGGGCGAUUUGAAGGAUCACAUCAAAAUCGAAUCUGACAAAGUAGAUGCAUGGUUCGAAGAGGAUGAGCGCAUAUUCGGCCACCCCAAGGAUCCGUACAAACGGAUUAUCAUUUUGCCGUCGUCGAAGAAGGUGCAAAUCAAGAUUGAUGGGGUUGAAGUUGCCCAUACUUCUCGACCGAAAUUGUUGUAUGAGACGGGGUUACCAGUGAGAACUUAUAUUCCGCAUACGGAUGUGAGAUUGGAUCUACUAGAAGAUGAUAAGGAGAGGACGUCCCAUUGUCCCUACAAAGGCGAAGCAAGUUAUUAUGUCGUCAAACUACCUUCUGGCGAUCGCAAACAUGGUCUGGCAUGGUGGUACAAGACGCCAAAGUUCGAAAGCGCAGGUAUUGAGGGGCAUAUCGCAUUUUAUGAUGAAAAGGUCGAAGUGCGAGUCGACGACAAAACACAUGAGCCUGUGAUACCACGCAAGAUUCAUCAAAUAUAUCACGACUGGUCGGGGCAGGGGGGCAAUGUGCCGCAUACAGCGCAGUGGAUGAGAUUGAGGGAUAGUUGUAUUAACCGCAACCCGGGGUGGGAGUAUAAGUUAUGGAGCUCGGCGGAGUCAAGAGAGUUUUUGCAAAGAGAAUACUCCUGGUUUUUGCCUAUUUACGAUAGCUAUCGGCACCCCGUACAGCGUGUUGAUGCAUUGAAAUACUUUAUAAUGAGGCAUUACGGCGGGAUUUAUGUCGACAUGGACAAUGGCUGCCUCGAAUCCCUCGAACCCCUCCGCUACUACCCGGCCUUCACGACCGACGGCGGCGAAGGUCCCCUAUUCAUCAACAUCCUGGGCGCCGCUCCCCACCACCCCUUCUACGAAUACAUGACCAACAACAUUUGGGCCUACAACCUAUUUUACUACCCGCUACCCUAUCUCACAGUCAGCUACAACUCUGGCCGAUGGUUCUUUACGUCGAUGUGGGAGAAAUAUCAUGAUAGUGUGAACAGAAGGACUUGGAAUCUGGUGCAUUCUGCAGGUGAAGGCGCGGAUCAAAUUCAUGCCUCGGGCGCCAAUAAUAAGGAUCAAUUAUACCGCGUUGUGAUGGAAAAUCACCGUGGCGCUGAACCGUGGGUGUUUUGGAACGAGGGUGCCGGGUUAACGUGGGAAGAUUGGGACUUCUCGAUCUUCCAAUGGAUCGGACAGAAUGCGACAAAAGUCAUUCGCAUUGCCGUGGCUGUGACUGCGACCCUUUCUAUCAUCACUUCCCUAGUGGUUUGGAGAUGUUGCUGUAGGGGUAGGAAAGCAAAAAGCAAUGCUACGGUGGGAUUCAAGUCGGUUGCGGCGCUGUUGACGCCUGUGUUAUCGCCUGUGUUAACGCCCGCGAAGGAGAAGAGGGUAGAGUUCUUCAUUAAGAAGGGCCAUGAUAUGGUAUGA